ACUGUCCCCUGCGUUAGCCGCCGCUAGCCGUUAGCCUCGCUGACAGCGCUGCUGCUGCUGAUGUGAUGUAGUUACGUUCUAGAGUUUCACAGCAUCAUCACCGCUAUAGCCGACAGUAGCUCACCUUCAUGUGAUGUAAACAGACCGUGUUUAUAUUACCGUCAAACUUUAAAACGUGUCGUCUAAAUAUAUAAACUAGGUUUCAAGAGAAAAUAGUAACAUUUGCGUGAAGCUAAUUACAAGUCCGUCACUGUGUGUUAUUAGCCAUUUAACGGUGGAAGGCUAAUUAUGUUAGGCUAACGUGCUAAGAGACUGAAGGGAUGUCGUUACAGUCCGUGACUCGUAAGUUAGUGACGUUAUAAACGUGAUAAAAGACCGUUGUUUGGAGACAUGCCGCUCGGGAGGACCGGGUUAAUCGGACUCGCUGUCGGAGCUACAGCCGGCUGCGGCUUGAUCGCCUUCAUGAUCUACCGGGAGAUCAGCAGGAGGAGAGCCCAGAGAGUGGUGCUGGAGGCCCGGACAGCUCCACGGCUCUCUGACGGAGCGGAGGAAGCGGUGCUGCUGCUGCUGGCGGACACGAUGGAUGCUGCUCAGGGGGAUCAGGAAGUGGAGGCCCAGCAGCAGGCUCUGGCAGCGGUGGAGGCAGCGGUGCAGGGCCUGUCCCCGGAGCAGCAGCUGGAGCUGAGGAACCAGCUGGACCAGGUGCUGACCUGCGUGUCAUCACUGCGCUCGGAAGUGGCCGAGCUGAGAGGCGGCCUGCAGGACAUCGCUGUGCAGAUUAUCCAGGAUGUCAAAAAGGGAGUGGAGGACAGUCAGCGGGUACGUCGGCGGCGCCAUGUCAUCCACAGGGAGCGCACUGACUCCACCGGCUCCAGCUCCAUCUACUUCACCGCCAGCCAGGGCAUGGCCAGCACGUAUGAAGAGACCAGCGAAGGAGGGUACUCGACGGCCUACGCGGAGUCCGACUACACCGAUCGUGACACGGACAGAGAGGAGGGUGAGCGGGAGGCUGAACAGGAGUCUGAGGAAGAGGAGGACAGGAGCUGUGCCACCGUCCUCACCCUCCGCCAGGAAGACUCCCAGGAAGGAGAAGUGGAGGAGAGAAGCCUGCUGGAGGAGGAGGAGGAGGAUCAGGAGGAUGAGGAGGAAGAAGAUGGAGAAGAUGGAGAAGAUGGAGGGAGGCUGCAGCUGGUGACUGAAGUUCCCAGUGGGGAGCUGGCUCUCCUCCUGGCUCAGAGUGACAUCCUCCACACAGGAGACGCCAGUUUAAAGGGAGAGGGCUUUCGCCUGCUGCUGGACAACAGAGCAGAGUGUCCUCAGUACGGAGACAGCAGGGAGUUUCUAUGGCGACUGGCUCGGGCUUACAGUGAUAUGUACGAGUCCACUGAGGACAAACAACAGAAGAAGAUCUACGCACAACAAGGUCGAGAUGAGGCAGAGUUGGCCCUGAAGAAGAACGGCCUGAAUGCCGAGUGUCACAAAUGGUUUGCUGUGCUCACAGGACUGAACUGCAAGCAUGAGGGCAUGCAUAGCAAACUGAAGAGCAGCCAGAUAUUAAAGGAGCAUCUGGACCGAGCGAUCUCCCUCAGAGAUGAUGACCCCAUGUGUUUCUACCUGCUUGGCAGGUGGUGCUAUGAGGUAGCCACUCUGGACUGGUUGGAGAAGAAGGCGGCCGCUGCCCUCUACCAGAUCCCACCCACCUCCACACUGCACGACGCGCUUGAGAACUUCCUCAAGGCAGAGGAACUCAGUCCAGCUUUCUCCAAGAUGGUGAGACUUUACAUCGCACAGUGUCACAAGCAGCUGGGAAACAUCUCCGAGGCCACCAACUGGACUGAGCUGGCUCUGAAGAUGCCCACAAACUCCAAUGAUGAUGACACGUCUAAACUGGAGGCUCAGCUUCGAGUCUUAACUGACAAAAAUCUGACAAAAUAGAAGUUCUCCUGAGAUCCAGCAGAUGGCGCCGAUCCGCGGCUAUCCAGUCAGAUGAGCGACACACUUUUUCUUUCCCCUUCAUUGGUGGAUACCUUUAUCAUACUGUCACUGUGAAAUGAUAUGGAGUUUAUUGAUGUAUAUUUAUUUUUCUUUAAUAUGGCUUAAUUGAGUCACUAUAAGUAAUAUAUAUCGUAAUGUUUAUGGUGUCUAAUGUUUUCUAUUUGUUUGGCUUUUUUUAACUGAUAAUCAGUGACAAGUAUGUUUUGGUUUUAGCACCAUAUUCUUAAUUCAACAGGCGUACUUAAAGGAUCACAACAUAAAAAACAACAGCAUAUUUUGUCACUUCCCUCUAGUAGAAUCCAUCCAGUCAGGCAGAUGGUUUUGGUUUUAUAUGGGAAGGUAUUUUUGUUUUUGAAGUGGGUUCCAACACGGAGACUAAUGGGACCGAAACCUGCUUACACAGGGUCACGUUUGAAAAAAGAUAUCUAGAAUAAUCUAAAUUUACCACAACACUGCACGUUUUCUGACAUUGACUGAUAAAUGUGAUGAAACAUGAUCUGGAAACGGAGCUUCCAGUUUGAUCAGGGAUGUUUUAAGAGCUUUAAAAGGGAGAGAGAGGCACUUUGGGAGUCACUAGAACUUUUGUCUUCAUGGAUUAUAAGUUAUUCUAAUAUUGUUCCGCUGGGUCCAUCCCAGCUGUUCUUUAACAGAUGUGUUUGUUGUGGAGAUAAAUGUAGUAAUAAAUAACACUGUAGUAUUUUGAUCAGAACAUUAUUUUUUUCAAGUUUUUUUUCUCCAACUUCAAAUCACUUAAUGAAUAGAUGAUGUAGUAGAAUGCUGAAUUCACACCAGGCAGCGGUGAAGUGUGGCUCGCCGCAAUAAUUAGGUUAAACUUCUCCCAAUUUUAGUUUGGCCACGCUUCGCCGCAGUUUUUCAUAGAUGUUGCAUGGCAGCCGGCCACUGUUCGCUGCUGCUCCGGUGUGAAUUUGGUGUAAAACAACUGUACCGGACCACAUGCAGCCACCUCAGUAAAAUGACAGAGCGCAUGGAGUCUCCUGUUUGAAUAUUGACUGAAAAGUAACCGAAUAUUUUUGUACCUUAUUCUGUGUUGAGUGUAUUUUGCUGCCUUUGAACUUGAGUGGUUUUACAUUCCUGUUAUUUUUCUGAAGUGAAAUUUGAAGCAGCUUAUUUACUUUGUGAUCUAACAUCACUUUUGUUUUCUAUUUUUAAUUUAUUCUUUCGCAGUCGCUGCUGUGAAAUAACUAUUCUGAUUCCGCAAUGAAAAGUUAAUAUGCACUUAAAUGACAGAUGGAUAACACUGAAUAAAAUUCUUUUUUUUGUA